UGACGUCAGGGUGGCGCAGGUCGCAGAACGGUCGCGCCGCGCCGCCGUCCGUCGGUUUCUCUCUCGGUCGCGGGUUCCCCGGGGUCGCCGCGCAGCGGCGGGAGCACUUCCGCAGCGGACCUCGGGCCGCCGAGCGCCGUCUUCACCCAGCGCCAUGGCCGUGGUCGCUGUCGGCCGCCCGGGAGUCGCGCGCCGCCCGCUGUUGCACCUGCUGUCCUUCCUGCUAGUGGCCGGCCCCGCGCUGUGCUGGAACGACCCUGACAGGAUACUGUUGCGGGACGUGAAAGCUCUCACCCUCCACUAUGACCGCUACACCACCUCCCGGAGGCUGGACCCUAUUCCUCAGCUCAAGUGUGUUGGAGGCACAGCCGGCUGUGAUGCCUAUACCCCCAAAGUGAUCCAGUGCCAGAACAAAGGCUGGGACGGCUAUGACGUGCAGUGGGAAUGUAAGACCGACUUGGAUAUUGCAUACAAGUUUGGAAAAACUGUGGUGAGCUGUGAAGGCUACGAGUCCUCCGAAGACCAGUAUGUCCUCAGGGGUUCCUGCGGCUUGGAGUACCACUUGGAUUACACAGAGCUGGGCCUGAAGAGGCUGAAGGAGUCUGCAAAGCACCAGGGCUUCUCUGAUUAUUACCACAAUCUGUACUCCUCCGAUUCCUGUGGCGUUAGCGGGCUGGUUACCAUUGGAGUGCUCCUUGCUCUGGCCUUUGUGGUUUAUAAACUGUUCCUCAGUGAUGGCCAGGCCUCUCCUCCACCCUACUCCGAGUACCCUCCAUAUUCCCAGCGCUAUCCGAGGUUUACCAAUGCUGCAGGAGCACCUCCGCCAGGCUUUAAGUCUGAGUUCACAGGACCACAGAAUCCUGGCUUUGGGAGUGCUUUCACAGGACAAGGCUGUGACAGUUCAGGGCCGGGGUUCUGGACUGGCGUGGGUGCCGGAGGACUGUUAGGGUAUUUGUUCGGGAGUAACAGGGCGGCGACCCCCUCGUGGUACUACCCAUCUCACCCUCCGUCAUACUCUGGCGCCUGGAAUAGUCAUACCUACUCACCACUGGGUGGGGGUGCGGGGACUUAUUCUGCACCCUCAAGCUCCAAUGCAGACUGCAGAACCAGAACAGCAUCAGGAUAUGGCGGCACCAGAAGGCGGUAAAAUAGGAAGUUGGAGGCAAACAUUGGAUGCAGCGUUUCUGAUUGUCGUUACCAUCUCUUUAACACCUGGAUAAUGGGAAUACCCAACAGUUGUGUGGUGUUUUGUCCUUGUAUAGCUUUUCCUGUCCUGUUGUUUGUGGCCAAGAGUUGAUAUGUGACAGAGUGCUUACGUUGUGUGUGUUAGUGUAGUGUGCCGUUCAAAGUGACGGCUACGGUGGGAUGCCGAAAUUGUCCUGCUUGUUCCUAAAGCCUGUGAUACCAGAGGGGGCAUUAAGGAUGUAGAAUCCCCUCCCAGAAACUGAGCACAGCCAGCUUGAGCCGAGGCGCCUUCAGUUGAUGAGUCCUCCCCUCAGAGAAACAGCAAUCCUCUAUUUGGUAUUAAAACAUUUGGCGUUUGCUGUUCUUCAGACACUUAAGCCCAGCACUGGGCCACUAAUCACACUGAUUUGUGGGUUCCAGUCACUUGACUGGCAGAGCCCAGACCCCUCCUGUGGUGGUGAGUGUGUCUGUUAAAUGCUCUUGACCUUUCAACUGUGCUCACAGAGAGCUUGAAAUCACUAGAUUUUCAGUUUUCAGGUGAUAACAUUCAGAUGCUUCAGAAACAGUUUUUCAGUAGGAAGAGCAUGUCGUUCUCUGUAUGGUCUUAAGCUGUCGGGUGUUGUUGUAACAGUCUGUUUCAGCUUUACGUUAAAUGACAAUAAAUUAAAAA